UAUUCUAGAGCAGUCGUUUGGAGAUGCUCUCGAGUCCAGAAGUCCAGAUCCCCAAUUUCCCUCUCCCUCCAAAUCCGACCUCGCUUCCGAAUUCCCUUCUACCCCUGGUUUGCUAGGCUCCACCUCGCCUCGGCACCGCGUUUCCGUAUCGACUCUACGCCGCAUAGGCAGCGGCCAGCCAUCGUCCCCCUCCAGUGCCUAGAGUAACCCGCUGAAGUGGCAAUCCAGCCGAACUUGUUUUCGAUCGGAGCCGGGCACGGCGAGGGCGAAUGGGUUCGGCUUCUAAGCCAUCUCCGACGGCGGCCGCGCCUAGCCGGCGUAAGGUAGCGCUCUGCCUGACGCUCCUCACCCUGCAGUACGGCGCCCAGCCCCUAAUCUCCAAGCGCUGCGUCGGGUACGCCGCGCACCUUCGUAUCACCUCGCCCUCAAAGCAAGGAGUCAUAGUGACUUCAUUAGUUCUUGCAAUUGAAUUCUUAAAGGUUAUAUGCGCGGUCAUUUUAUUGGUGGCAGAGGGUAGUCUGAAGGCGCAAUUCAGUAAUUGGAGUCUUGUUGGAUCACUGACUGCAUCAGGACUUCCUGCUGCCAUCUAUGCACUUCAGAAUAGCCUGUUGCAGAUAUCAUACAAGAAUUUGGAUUCCCUGACCUUUUCAAUCCUUAACCAGACCAAGCUAUUAUUCACAGCAUUCUUCACAUAUCUUAUUUUGGGGCAAAAACAAUCACCCAAACAAAUUUUAGCAUUAGCCCUCUUAAUCACUGCGGCUGUCCUUUUAAGCAUUGGGGAGAGUAGCAGGAAAGGUGCAAGUGGUGGUAGCUCUGAUUAUGUCUUACUCUAUGGAAUCAUUCCUGUUACUGUUGCAUCUGUGUUGUCUGGUUUGGCCUCUUCGUUAUGUCAGUGGGCAUCUCAGGUUAAAAAGCAUACAUCUUACAUGAUGACUAUCGAGAUGUCAUUUAUUGGGAGUAUGUGCUUGUUGGCAAGUACCUUUCAGUCACCAGACGGAGAAGCCCUGAGAAUAUAUGGUUUUUUCCAUGAAUGGACUUUAUGGACAGUGAUACCAGUGUUAAUGAAUGCUGUCGGUGGGAUUCUUGUUGGUCUUGUCACAUCAUAUGCAGGAGGUAUUAAAAAGGGUUUUGUGGUUGUCUCGGCUCUCCUCGUAACUGCAUUACUCCAGUUUAUAUUUGAUGGGAAGCCGCCAUCACUGCAUUGCCUGGUGGCACUGCCACUUGUUAUGACAAGCAUAUUCAUUUACCAGAAGUAUCCAUACGUUGACAGUAAGAAGAAAGACAGAUAAACAUGCUCGUCAGAGAAAGGUUUUACUUAGCAUCAACAACGUAAUACUGACUAGUAUUUUAUCCGACGGAAGUUGAAGUUGGUACUGAGAAAAUGGGGCCAUAUUUGACCUGGAAGAGUGUGUAUUCAUGGAGUAAUGUAUCAACCAUCUGUCGAUCCCCACUGUGAACUGAAUUAUUACUAGCUUCACUAAACAUGUAGUCGAUUCCAGUUAAUUUCAUGUUGGUUGUAUUGUCUUCUACUCUUGAGCUAUUGUUGUGUGGGUCAAGCCUUUCUGAGUAGUAUUAUAUUUUGAGCU